GGCUUGACAUCUCAGUGUAUCCCUGAGUCAAGCAGGUAUGGUUUUCCAGCUCUUGCAUCUGCUGUGUAUAGAUCUGUCUCAGGUGCCAUUUGCUAACUCUGUUCUCUGUGUAGCUGCUUUUGACAGCUCCUCAUCUCUCUACUAAUCCACCACUCAUGGUCCUAGAGAACAGAGACCAUAAAUUAAGACCUUCACCUACAGAAUCCCAAGGGCCAACACCGGGCAGAGGACAACUCCAUCCUUCUUUCAAAAGGGCUUCUCCACAAAAAGCAUUUCUGUUAGACUCUGAGCAGUGAGAUACCCUGCUUCAAGAAUUUCUCAUGGAGCCAGAAGCCUUUGAAAUUUGCCCUUACGAUCCUCACCACCGAAUCCCACUCAGCAGAUUCCAGUACCACCUGGCAUGCAGGAGAAAGAACCCCAAGAAAGCCAAAAAGAUGGCCAUCUGCAAAUACAACGCCUGCCACGUGGUCCCCAUCAAAAAGCUGGAGGAACAUGAGGCUGUUUGUGUCAACAGGAGCUCUGUGGAGGAACAGGACACCGAGAACCCUCUGAAAGUUAGUCUUCCAAGUUCAGAGCAGAACAAUGACCCCCAGCAGACUUUUGUUCCCCAAAAGCUUGUUUGUGAAAAUGACACAAAAGAGUCAGCGAGAGAGAUCAGUCCCCAGAAGAUCCUCAGACCAGGACAGUAAACAGCCAGCUGAGGAAAGAGCACACGUCUCGUAAAUGCAUGGAAGAACAUGCAAUGCAUCAGAAUAAAAGGCAUACAAAGUAAA